AUGGUAGUUGGUGGUAGAAAGAAGGCCGUGGAUCCAGGUUGGCAGAACCGCCAUACGCAAGUUUUCGCCAAAAUUGCUAUUCAGCUUGUGGAUACGGACUCUCAACUCGGGAAUCUUGUAAUUCAAGGCCUGCAAACAUGGAAGCGUGGUGAAGCCAUGAUGGAAGAGGAGAUUCGAUAUCAGAAUCUUACUCAAUAUCUCUCGGAUCGCCUUGUGGACAAUGCCUUCGAAUUUCUCUUUGCCGUCGCUCGAUUUGGAUCCAACUUCAGUCUCACUAAAGAGGAAGAAAAACUGAUUGAACCAGUUCUCAAACCUUACUAUGAGAUUAUGAUUCUCACGAACGACUAUUUCUCGUGGGAAACGGAGUAUACGACUUUCCUCCGGUCCAACGAGAAGGUCGUUGUGAGAAACGCUGUUCCCCUGUUCAUGGAAUGGUAUUCAAUGUCUUGUCAAGAGGCAAAAGUCGCUCUCAAAGAAAAGAUCAAAUCCCUUGAGGACGACUAUUGCUCACUCAAAGCUGAGUUCUUUUCCCAGUACCAGAUUCCAGGUUCUUCGCCUGCCAUCAUGCGGUGGUUUGAAAUCCUGGAAGGCGUACUGGCAGGCAACAUAUUUUGGAGCAAAACAUGUCCUCGAUACAACACGGCAUUUGGGAGUGAGUACAAACAGUACCUGGCUCAGAGAAUUAACGAAGGUGCCUAUUUCUUCAAUAGUUCGACAGAAUCCUCCGCAAUCAUCAGCAAUGAUAUCUUAAAGAUAUCGAAGCUGAAUCUUAGCGGGCAAGGCGUGACCGAUAGCGAGUGCGGAAUGGGCUCUAUGGGUCGAACUAAACCGUCCUUGUUUACCUGUGAACGGCUCCCGCCGUUGGACCAAAGCGUCAUUGAGUAUCCAUCGAGAUACAUUGCAUCGCUGCCUUCCAAAGAAAUUUGGCACACGUUCAUCGACGCUUUGAAUACAUGGUACCAGGUACCACAGCACCACUUGACUAUCAUUCGGACAGUCAUUACACAGCUACACAGCUCCUCACUUAUGCUAGACGACAUUCAAGAUCACUCCCCACUCCGUCGUGGCCACCCAGCCGCCCACAGAGUUUAUGGUAUCGGCCAGACCGUCAACUCUGCUUACUUCCAGUGCGCCGAUGCACUAAGACAGAUACAGAAGAUAUCCUCUGACUCUGUCUUGGUUUUCACUGAGGAGCUCAUGGCGUUGCAAAUAGGUCAGGGAGCCGAUAUGUAUUGGACAUAUCAUUCAAUCACGCCCACUGAAGAAGAAUACCUUCAAACAGUUGAUUCUAAAACGACUGCCUUGUUUCGUAUGGCUAGCCGCUUGUUACAAGGUCAGGCAACCAUGAAUAGAUGCAUGGAUAUGGAGGAGUUUUUGACUCUAUUUGGACGGUAUAUACAGAUCCGGAACGAUUACCAGAAUCUCGAGUCCUCUAAGAACACCAAGAAUCAAGGCUUCUGCUCCGAUUUCGAUGGAGGAAAAUACUCUCUCCCUCUCAUCCAUGCUUCAAAGCUUGGCAGCCCAGAGAUCAAUGCGAUCCUGCAGCAGCGGAAGCGAACAGAAAGUCUGACAACCGAUCUCAAGAUAGUCCUGUUAAGCGAGCUGAAGGUAAAGGGUAGUUUAGCGUACACUCUUCAAGUACUCCAGAACCUCGAGCGGGCUAUCAAAGAGGAACUCCAAUCUCUAGAAAGCGAGGCCGAAAUCAAGAACUGGCUACUAUGGAGAAUCUUGCAGCAGAUGAGCCUGGACAACCACCAUGGCUGA